AUGAUUAAGUCAACGCUAAUUUAUAGAGAAGAUGGGCUGCCUCUUUGUACGUCCGUGGACAACGAAAACGAUCCCUCACUGUCUGAACAAAAGCAAAAAGUGAAGAUCGUGGUCUCCAGAAUGACACCACAGUCCGCCACCGAGGCCACUUUAGAAAGUGGCUCUUUUGAAAUCCACUACUUGAAGAAAUCCAUGGUCUUCUAUUUUGUCAUAUGUGAGUCCGGAUACCCAAGAAACUUAGCAUUUUCGUACCUUAACGACAUAGCCCAGGAGUUCGAACACUCCUUUGCCAACGAAUACCCCAAGACCACCGUGAGGCCCUACCAGUUCGUCAACUUCGACAACUUCCUACAAAUGACCAAGAAAAGUUACAGCGACAAGAAAGUCCAGGACAACUUGGACCAGCUAAACCAAGAGCUGGUGGGAGUCAAACAAAUCAUGUCCAAAAACAUCGAAGAUCUGCUUUACAGAGGCGAUUCCCUCGACAAAAUGAGCGACAUGAGUUCCUCCCUGAAGGAAACCUCCAAGAGAUACAGAAAGUCCGCGCGAAAGAUCAACUUCGAUCUCUUGAUUAGUCAAUAUGCCCCCAUCGUCAUAGUCGCCUUCUUCUUUGUCUUCCUCUUCUGGUGGGUCUUCCUUAGAUAG